AGCAAUUAAAGCUUUCACGGCGUUAGUUUUCACGUUCACUUAACCCCGCGAGUAGUCAACGGCGCAACGUCGACGGACAUCAUCCUCGCCAAGCGAACAAGCUUUUAGUUUUAACGCGACUUCCCGGUUGGUUCGCUUCGUUGUAACAAAUCCCACCGCCCAAUUUCUUAAGCGCUAAGGAUAUAUUCAGAGGCUCCUUUCGGGUUUUUCUACUAUAAAACCCUCGUCUUCCUCCUCUAACCUCCAACACAGUUACAGCAAACAAUCAUUAGCCAAGAUUUUAAAUUCCCAACAAGAAAGAAAAGUUGAUUAUGGCCCAGGAAGAUUUGAGCGUGCAGGUGCAACAACAGAUGGCUGAGGAGGAGGAACAGAGGCUCAAGUACCUGGAAUUUGUUCAAGUGGCUGCAGCUCAUGCCUCGGUUUGCUUCUUAAAUCUGUACGGAUUUGCCAAGGAAAGGUCUGGUCCUUUGAAGCCUGGAGUUGAAUCCGUGGAGGGAACUGUGAAGAACGUUGUUGGACCUGUCUAUAACAAGUACCAUGAUGUCCCUGCUCACCUCCUAACCUUCGUGGAUCGCAAGGUUGAUCAAUCUGUGACCAAGCUGGACAGUCGUGUGCCGCCGGUGGUUAAGCAGGCUUCAUUCAAAGCCUUAUCAGCUGCUCAAAAAGCCCCAGAGGCGGCUCGAGCGGUUGCCUCUGAGGUUAAGAGUGAUGGGGUUGUAGACACUGCCUCAAGCUAUGCUAAAUCUGUCUACACCAAGUGUGAACCCACAGCUAAAGACCUGUAUGCUAAGUAUGAACCAAAAGCUGAGCAAUGCGCGGUCUCUGCGUGGCGAAAGGUGAACCAAGUCCUCCCAAAGGUGGCUGAGGUUGUUGUACCAACUGCAGCAUAUUGCUCUGAAAAGUACAACCAGACAGUGCAGCACACUGCAGAGAAGGGGUACAGGGUCUCCUCCUAUAUGCCUCUGGUUCCCACAGAGAAAAUUGCCAAGGUUUUUGCAGGAAAGGUGCCUGAAGCAGAGCCUUUGGUUGCAAGUCAUGGUGAAGUUGAUGUUGCCCUUCAUUGAUAGAUAUUCAGUGUUGGGUUUUGUGAUGUUGUGGUAUUAAACUUAAAAAACAGAUAGAGGCAUGGUUGUUGAUUGUUUUUCAAAAGGUUUAAUAUAUAUAUAUAUAAUAUUCUCAUGUUUAUUUAUUUUUAUACUUUUCUGUUUGUGAUUUAGAAAAGAUGAAUGUAAAUUGAAACAUUAUGCAGUUAAAUAUAUUGUAGCUUCCGGAGUCCAAUUGCCAAA